CUUUAAUAUCUUUUAUUAUUAACUUUAUUAACUACGAAUCUAACCUUAUACAUAAUAGCUUAGUUUAAAUUGCUCGGUGGCCCAAAUUUUUUAUAGACAUUAAACUUUCUAGCUCUCAUAGGAUUGUCUAGUCUCUUUGGUCUAUGAAAUCGUUAGAUUAAAGGCUCACUAUCUAAUGAUAGUUGUCAAAGGUGGGUUUGAUGGAGUAGUGCUCAUGGGUUUGUUCGAUAGGGUUUGUUUGGUUGAGCAACUCUCGCACCAGUAAUAUAGUUUUGUUGACUAGUCAUUUAUUAAUUAAAAUGAAGUUCCAGUUAGGAUUCGUGUGCGUUUCUUUUUUAUUUUUAUUGUUAUUCCUCGCCGGGGUAUUUAAUUUUCUAACUACUUCUGAGCCACAUAGAUGUAAUAUGACUUUUAUGUAUGAAUAUCCCCAACUUGUGAGAGUGGCACUCCCUCCUGGAACAAAUAAUUAUAAGAAGUAUGGUCUGUACGUUUAUGGGGAAGGCAGAAUUAUACAUAAAGUUAGGGAAAUGAAGUUUGAUGGUGUGCCCAUUUUAUUCAUUCCUGGCAACCGUGGUUCUCCGAAGCAAGUUCGAUCAUUGGCUUCUGUAAGCCUCAGUAAAGGCAGAUAUUCCGGCAUUCCUGUACACUUUGAUUAUUUUGCUGUGGAUUUGAGUGAAGAUUUUUCUGCACUCUAUGGUGGAUUUCUGAAGGAACAAACACAAUUUGUUAAUGUGUGUAUUCAGAAGAUCUUGAGUCUUUAUCGGACCGAUUAUAAACCAAAGUCCAUCAUCGUUAUUGGUCAUUCUAUGGGUGGCAUGAUAGCAAAAGGGCUCUUUUUAGAAUCCAAUGGCAAUCCUGGUGUUGAACUUAUCAUAACUCUUGCUACACCUCAUCAGCCGGCAUUGCUUACAGAUUCUCUUUUAUCUUCCUACUACACUUCUGUGAAUAACUUCUGGGAUAAAUUUAAUACUACAGAAAAUAAUGUUAAUUUAAUUUCGAUUGGAGGCGGUCCGAGGGACAAGCUUGUAAGAUCUGAUUUGACGAUCACGGAACAUGCUGACUUCAGUGUCAUGACUCCUAUGAUUCCGGGAGUGUGGACUUCUGUCGAUCAUCUGAGCAUACUUUGGUGUAAUCAGCUGGUUUUAGUUAUUGUGAGGGCAUUAUUUGAUUCCGUUGAUUUGAAUAAUAAACAACUCAGCACUGAUAGAAAUCUUAGGAAGAAUAUAUUCUCCUACCAUCUCCUGAACAGAGGAGGUGGUAAGAGUUUCCACUCGUCUCAGUACCCUGAGGAGUUGAGCUUGGUCUCCCCGCCAGGAGGAAGGUGGAUAGAAAUGGUUGGAAACAGCAUGGUUUGGAAGAAAAAUAAAGGUGUCGACCAUGCCACUCAUAUUAUCAUCUCAUUGGCCACGCCCUUCGAUACCCUGGCCGUUGAAGCCGUCAACCAAAAGACCAGGGAUUGGAUCUUUGCCUGUGCUGUACCGUCAGCUGUGGAUGGUGUAAAAAUAUGCAAAAAAGGAAUCAACUUAUCAUCGAAGGGAAAGAUAUCGCCACCUCGAGAUAAGCUGAAGAGGAAGUCGGCCACCAUCUGUCUUUCACAACUCCGCCGGCAGGACUUCACUCACGUUGUGAUUCGCACCCUUCCUACUUGGGAGAAAGUCGCUAUAUAUUUAGACUUAUUUAAAAAGCGUGACAGAUCAGUAAUGGGGACGACGUUUCUCAAUUUUAGAAACGUCAUAAUUCCGGAAACUGAAAAUAAUGCUUCAUACUAUUCAGUAAAGCUACCCGACAUGUCACGUUUCUGGCAUGGUUACAGGCUGUUUGUCGAGCCGAUGAAAGGAUGUAGUUCAUCGACCUUUGGGAGAGCAACAAUCCAGGUUCCAUGGAGCCAUGAAGGUUCAACUAAAGUUCUAAGUGAAAGCAGUAACAGUAUUGAAUUUACGCUCCAAACUGCAAAGACGGCAACUGAGAAUAGUAGCGUCAGUGCUAAUUUAUUCUUAGAUCCUCAGUGCAAUUACAAAAUCAGCUUGGAGAAGUCUUUGCUGCUUAGCCUAACGUCGGUGGUUAUCCACAGUGGCCCAUCGAUCAUCGCUCACGUCGCCUGCUGCCUACUGUUCUGUAUAGGCUACCAGGCGAAGUGCCUCGGCGCGGAGAACGAUUGCCCGCUGAUACAGGUCGUCCUCCCGCUGGCUGCCAAGCCGUACUUCAUCAUCCAAGCUUCAGCCUUAUUUGCCAGCAUCCUUCAAAGCCUUACUAAAGUGUUCCCGUUGCUACCGGAUACCGACAUCAAGAUCCAGGCUGGGUUCGUCGAGCUCAUAGUAGUGCCUUUUUUCUUGCACUUGACUGCUUUCUGUUUGACCUUCGUCAUGGCGACGAGUGUUAUUGUGACGGUGGUCGUUCAAGGCCAGGCUUUCAACGGCCUCUUCCUCAGGUUCUUGAAGAGGUAUUCGCUAGGUAUUAACUGGUUGUCAGAAUUUAUCCUCAAUGGAGUGAGUAAGGUUCCGAUAGUUGUGUCUGCGUUCAUGGUCACCGUAGCCUUCUCUGCCUCGGGAGGCCUCGCCCUUUGUAUAGGUCUCUUCUUUUACAUCUUCAAGUUAAUUUCGCUGUAUGAAGAUUUUUGGGAAGAGAUUGUAUACUGGCCACUUCGCUAUCUUAAAUGGAGGAUAAGGCAGAUGAGGAACAAUGACAGAGCUGAAGCUCGUCCGGAAUUCGAGAUACCGUCUCUCAACGAGAUCAGUUUUCAUCUUAGCCUGACUCUUCUUUGGCUCAUCAACACGCUAAUCAGUAUCCCCAGCAUUCUUGUCUGGGCAAAGAACUACAAGUACAAUAAUCAUUUAGAACCAGACCCCUAUUUCUAUUGUGCUGUCGUCAUGUCUCUUUGCGUGGGCUACCUCUGGCAGUCAGAAGUUCCGAAAGGUGGGCUAAAAUGGGGUAGACAAUUAGGCUAUGCUCUCAUCGGACUCGGACUUAUGGUUAUGAUCUAUGGGCAAACUAGCCUCUACAGGAUUCCUUACUUCUUGUGUACUGCGUUCCUCCUGAUCACCAUACAUCAGGCAGUUGUUCCCUUCUUUUCCGGAGAGGAUGGCGAUUCCACUGGACAAGCUGUAGGUAGCGAAACACUCCAAGAAGGGGAUAAUGAACAGGAAGAAGAAGUACCAUUAUUGAACAAUAUUGACAAGGAAACAAGCGAAGAAGUUGAAAAGAAGUAGCUGCCAAGAAAGCAGCGUAGUCUGGUCAGGCACUGUAGCUAUAGUGGACUGUCUGUGAUACCGUUUUUUUUUUUAAACUGUAAUCAGUAUUGAUGUUUAUGUAUUUAGCUAGUUAGGAUCGAUAGUAGGAAAGUUGUACUGAUAUUUUAGAGACUGAAUUUCAAUCUAUUAUGUAGUAUUCUUUAAUAAAAUGUUAUAUCAUAUUAUUCCUAUAAUGCUAGUUAAAUUGGCAUAUUAAGAAGAUAACAUCUGAAAAGAUAGAAUUUUAAAUUCUUAUUUAAAACUUAAUUAUAUUUACUGGCCUACAUUUUUUUUAUUGUUUAAAAAAAAAAGUUUUCAAUUUGCCUUGAACGUGUGGCAGAAUUAAUAAUAUAGGCAACAACCUAUCACUUUGUGGAGAACCCGUCGCUUGUGAGAAAAAUAAGUUAAUGUAAUUUUAAUUUGGUUUACAAAGAUUUUAGGUUUGUUUUCGAGGACUAACAAUUUCACUAAAUAAGCUCAUAAGUCAUCAAAUUUUGUUCCCUUUAUUAUUUCCAACCUUUUGACUUCCAGAGCUAGGCUACAAAAUAGGACACGAGGACUCCUCAAAUCCGUAGCAUAAAAAAAUUGCCGAAAAUGAAAUACUGGUCAUGCUUUAAAUAGACGAAUUUUGUUCCAAAAUGAUACAAAUAUAGCGACACUGUACAAUAGUUUGUACAUGAAAAUGGCUCUUUGAAACCGAAAUGUUGGCAAUAAUAAAAUAAUAUUAAAGAAAAUGAAAUUAGGUGACCUUGGCCAAAAACCAUCUUAAUAAUAAUAGGAUACCAAGCAUAAAAAAAAUUAAAAAAUGACUGGAUAAAAAUAUUUCUGUAAAGCACCAACAUCCAGCCGAUUCUCCCCUUUGUUUCUGAAACAUGGACACUUUUAACAAAUAGUGAACAAAAGCUUUAAAUAUUUGAAGUCCUUUGUAAGAUACUAGGAGAAAAGAGUGGCAGUGAAUAAAGGAAAAUGAGCGACCAAGAGUUGUUAGAAGUGGAGUUCGUGACUGCUCACCUCCUUACGCUGAGUGGCACGAAAGGAAGCAGCUAAAGGAGAAGAAGAGUUUUUAGAUAAUAAUUGGGAGCCUGAUGUUGCUCAAGUUCUAGGUUGGUAUGGCUAUGUGGCCUGAACGAGACGCCAAGGAAGCUGCUGAUAGAAC